UUUCUCCAAGUCCUCAAAGGAUCGGACUAAAAUGUUUGGUUCCUCGAGAUCUGGAGGGGUCCGAGGGGGCCAGGACCAGUUCAACUGGGAUGACGUAAAAGGCGAUAAACACAGAGAAAAUUAUCUCGGGAACUCUUUGAUGGCACCAGUAGGACGAUGGCAGAAAGGCAAAGAUCUGACAUGGUAUGCAAGAGACAAAAAAGGCAGCGCAGCUUUGUCCAAAGAGGAAGAACUUGCGGCCGUCAAGGCUGCAGAGCAUGAGGCACUGAUGGCUGCCCUAGGACACAAGAAUAUAAAGAGGCAACCAACAGGCCUGACCAAAGAGGACCUUGCGGAUGUUUGCAGAAGGGAAGAAGUUGAUGGUGAAGAGAGAAAUGUAGACCGUGUCUCAGGAUUGGGAAGCUCCAGCGCAGGGUCAAGAAAAAUGGUGCUCUCCCAGAAGGAAAAGGAGGCAGCGAAAAUAGGCUUGCCAGUUUUUACACACCACAAAACAGCGGUUGGUCCAGAUACCUCAACAACAAAGGACACUCAAAGUGUGGAAAAAGGGGAUGUGGAACAACGGCAUGAGAGCAAAAAGAAAAAGAAAGAAAAGAAGAGCAAAAAGGAGAAAAAGAAGAAGGAAAAAAAGAAGAAAAGGCAUAGAAGAGACUCAUCCUCCUCAGGUUCAGAUGACAACAGAAAGAGGCAGAGAAAGGACCACCAUCAUCAUAAUCCAUCAUACCAUAGUCAGAGCGGAGCCAGACCCCAUGACAGCCAUUCAAGGGGGGGAGCAAAGGCCGAGCGACAGCCCUCCUUCCCCCAUCAGCGACAGCAGUGGCAUGACACAGACUCCUCUGAUGGGGGGUCCCCUGUCCCCCGUAACCCUGUCAGCCACAAGACAGCCCCUGCUGGUGCCACACAAAGUCACAGGCGGCGCCACGACACAGACUCGGACGACUGAUGCCCCGCCCCCCCCCUUCAAAGAAGCCUAACGUAGACAGAGCGCUCUACAGCAGCUUGACUGGACCUGAAGACCUCAUUUACCCUGAACAGCCAAACGGACUGUGGAAGGAGACUGGUCAAUGUGUGUGACUAACAGGCUUUGGCCUUGCAUUUUAACUUCCAGUUGGUCAUAGGGCACUGGUGUCUUUUCUGUUUUGGAACAAGUUAGUAACACAUUUUGCGUGAUUAAACCAAAAAAGCAAACACAAUAUUUUAUUCCUAUGUCUAGCCCUGGUGGCUGUUACGCUUCAGGAAAAAGCAUUAGAAAAUGAACCCGGAACAUGGUUGCUGUUAGCAGAGAAAACAUAUAUGCAUUAUUUCUUGUGUGCUGUAAGAUUUUUCCUGGAACUACUUACCUGAUACUCUUGAGUACAUUAGCUUAAGUUAAAGGUUUAAAAAAUGAUCAUUCUUUAUCUAAACAUUUCUAUUUUAAGGUAUCUUACGUCUUGCAGUUUUUCAGCAAAGUUGAAACUUUUGAAGGUUGUGGCAAGAUGUGUCAUCAGAACAGUAAAUUAAACAUCAGCAUUAGAGAAAAUGUCUUUAUUUAAAUAUAGAAAAUUGAAGCCAUAACGUGCAGAAAUUAAGCAUACAUUUGUUCCAAGGUGCUCCUUGACACCUUUUUCGUCAUUGCACAUCUCCAUCCCACUGUGCCUCUUGCACUACUCGGCAGCUUCCAUCCUUCUUUUCUUAAUGACGCCAGCGCUCCUUAAUCCCUCACCGUUCUAGGUUUGGCUCCCUGACUGGCGCGAUACCAUUGGAAUGCUCUCCACUGGUCGUAAUAGAGUGUAGUGUUUGCAUUUGCCUUGAAUUGGUCUGAAAGAGGGUAUUCUGCUGGAUGGGACUUGGGGGGUGCACUAAAAAAGAGCAAGGCAUUCAUAAAGAAGAGUGCAAAAAACCAGGCUGGCCCUUUUUAUAUGACAGAGUACCGUUAGACUGCCACACACAAACCAAGCUGAUGGAGCAGCAGGAGAGGAGGCCACACAAAGCAGCCCUAUGAGAGA